CCGACGUCGCAGCAUCCCGUCCCAGAUCGGUCCUGGACCACGGUCCGUCCCAUCGGAAGCUGUGCAGUAUUCGAACGCCGCCCCCGGAGAGAUAGAGAGAGUGUGCAUCCGGGGUUUGUUUGGAACGGUUACGAUCUGAUCCUGUUGUGUUUUGUUCGGGCGCGGAGUUCCCUCGGGAAGAUCGUGAUCCUAUUUAUAUCUGGUGUUUUUGAGAGGAAUAGUGUGGUGAAGAUUAGAAAUGUAUUUGGUUAUUUUUGGGGAUGCUAGUCGGACUGUGAAAAUUUUGUUAUCAUGCGCUUUAACGUAUUUGUUCAUGCGGAGAUUGGUAGCUCCGGUGAAUAUGCUGGUGCAGGCCCUGUUCUGAAAACGUUUACGAGGGUUUUAACUUUUGAAAUUAGGAAGUUCGACUAGCAAACUACGAUCAACUUAGAAUUCGUGAGGUAAUGCGGAGAAGACGCUAAGAAAAAGUUGAGAUGUGUCACGUGGAAACUCCAUUUUGUUGCACCUACAGGAUUAUGGUUUUUUGACGACUUCGUACUGAGGAGGACUACAAAAUGGCUGCAGGAUCGGUCGUGGCCUUCCCCGGGGCCAACCUGCGCUUCGGGAGCAGCGCCGCCAACGCCUCCUCCAACGCCACCAAGGUGUUCGAAUGCCAUCCCGGCGGCACUGCCGAAGCCGCCCUGAUUUUCGCCUUAGGGACCAUGGGGAUGGCGGCCAAUCUGGCCCUCAUGGGGGUCAUCCUGGCCAACAGGCAGCUUAGGAGAUGGUCCCAGGGCCUACUCUUCCACCAGGGUUUCGUGGACUGCGCCCGAGCUGCCCUCCUGCUCCCCCUAGGAAUAUCCAUCCUCCACUGCCAGCCGGUGCACAAAUGCUCCCUGGUGGAGACUGCCUUCCUGCUUCUGGUCACCGUGGCCACGGUAAACAUGCUCACAACGGUCCUUAACGAUUCCCCCGUGUUCCCCGAGGACGAGGACGACUCGGACGACGGCCUGAUGGACGCUCCGCUACUGAUGGACUCGCCGCAAUGCGUGCUCUUCGGCACCUUCAUGAUCUGGUUCGCCUCCAUCACGAUCAACCUCGGUCCCACGUUUUUGUCAGGUGCUUUAGCGGCCCCCGCGGAAGGGGGACACAAGGCCCCCUCGUGCCCCCUGAUCUACGGCCCCCUGCGUCACUACAUCCUGAACGCUCUGUGGAUAGGUGUCAAUUUAGUGUGUGUGUUUCUGACUCUGUUCCACUUGAAAAAACUGCACAAGGAUCUGACGAAGGCCAAUGUAGAGGCCGUCAGGGUGGCGGGACUGGUGACGACCCUGGUGAACGUUACAGGGGGCGGUCCCUGCAUGAACGCCACUGGAGACAGGGCAACUGGAGCGUUAGAAGAGAGUCGAAAAAUGCGCGAAUACCUCAACAGAAUGGAGAGGGACGGCGUGCAAAGGGUAAAAAUGUUCCUCAUCAUAACAGCAGCGUAUGUGUUAUUCUGGGGUCCACUUUUCUUCGUAACACUGGUCAAUCAUCCCAUCGUAGGAAAUCCUCUAGGUCACGAGAUCACCCUCCACAUAUCAUACCUGCACGCCAUCGUGAACCCCACGCUCUUCAUGGUCCUGCACCGAGGCCUGAGACGCGCCACCCUUGACCUCUGCUGCGGCUGGAUACCAGUCUGGUUGGGGCCUCCGGCCAACGUACCCCCACCCCCUAGCCCUCCAAGGACAGCAGAUAUAUCUCUGCUCAAACCGCCCCUGCCAUCCACCGCCCACCCAGAUAGCUCUAUGGUAAUUAAAUAUUAUAUGGAGACGCCGAUCUGAGCCUAUGGUCCCAAGAUCCUAUGGACGGGAUGAUCCAGAUAGCCGGAGGAGAGCUGAGUCCGGACCUGACGGGAUCUCCUCAGGAGAGCGACUAGCAUCCGGACUGGGACCGCUCGACCAGGAUCUAGAGGGAGCCGGUUGUGUUCUUUAGUUUGUAGGUACCUCAAUAAAGUGGACAGUUGUUAAGUCGAGAAAAGUAACGAAAUGUCAACGGACACUGGAAUUAAAAGUACUGAUAUUGAAAAAGUACAAACUGCAAAACAAUAUAAAUACCUUAAACGGAGAUGGGCGGUUCUCUAGAGAUUAAUACACGAAAAUGUGUCAAGUACUCGAAACACUGAGGAUAGGGUACUCGAGUCAAUUAUACUCGUAUCGAAAGUACUCGGCAAAAUAAUUGAAGGCGAAAUUAUGAUUUUGCACUCGUGGAAAACUGAAGUACUCACUACAGGGUACUCAAAGUACUCAUUUGUAGAUACUUGGAUAAAACAUAUAGAAUGAUCAUUAAAAUUAUAAAUAUCAAAAUUAUGACAUCAUCGUACCAAAAUCUUCACUAUUUGAUCAAUAAUUUCGAUAAAAACUCUUUUGUUCGGAAAUACUAUUCCAAAUUGACAAAUAUCAGAAUCAACUAAAAGAAAAAUAAACAUUUUAUUUCUAUUGUGUUGAUUUGUAUACCUAUUUCACAGAAGAGUAAGAGAGAAGGAGAUCUAUGGCUACAUGUUGAAAUUGUUUGAUUUGAUUGUAAACUUUUGUCAAUUUGAAAUUGUAUUUCUAGAGAAAAAAGUAUAUAUCGGAAAGAUAUAUAAAAUAAUGAAGGUUUCGGCGCAAUGAUGACAUAAUUAUUUUGGUAUUCAUAUUAAUUGCCUUCAUGAAGGCAUUUAACCUUUAUAAUUUAUAAUUGAAAUUAUUGUAUUCGCGUACUGGGAGUAUUUUCUGAAAGUAAAUCGACUCUACGAAGUACUCAGAUAAAAAUAAUUGAACAAGAUGAACUUUUUUUCUACUAAUUUAGUUAUGACACUGAAUUAUUGAGUAAAGGGUACUCGAAGUUCUAGGACGAAGAGAUACUGGGCUUUCUUGAGCAGAACAUAAAUUCAAUAGAAGAAUAUCCUUAAAGUGGCCUGCGAUAUAAGUAAACCGACAGAAAUCGACACGUAAGGAAAAAGCGUUAUGCUUGCUACAGGCGACCUUCUCUUCCCUUCUCAUUUUUAUCUUUAUUCCUAUAAAAACACAGAUAUACAAUUUUCAUGAACAUAGAACAUUUUCGAAGUUGAAAUUACCUUAACUAAAUCCAUCUUAACAAGCAAGAAAAUAAUAUGAUGAGGAUACGCUGAUAUAAUCAAUAGAAAUGUACAUAAAACCAUGUUUAGAGCUGACAAAAGAACGAAACCACAAUUUUUUUGUCAUACAAUUUUCGAACUUAUCACAUAUUGUGGUCUUCGCCAAUGAUCUGCAGUAUUACAAGAUGGUAAAGUUGGUACUUAAAAAAAUACGCUUUCAUCGCCCUCGUUUUUAUUUUAUACAAAAUAUUAUUCAUGGAAGAAAAUUUUGGAACCCACUUCAUUAAUCCUGCAAAAUAGCAGUAGAAAAGUUUGAUGGCACGCUACGACGAAAUUAAUGAACCAGACAACGAUAUAUCAAACUAAUAUACUUCCUACCCAGCCUACCACGCGAUUCAUAACAAAAUCUUCAUUUUAUUUACGAGUCAUUUAGACUUCGCUUCAAAAUUACUUAUACUUGGUUGUUUCUGCUCUGCAUAUUGAACAACCCCAGGCAAACUUCAGAAAUAUCGAGCGCUAGGAAUGGAAAUCACUUGAAUAUAUUCAAAGUUAGAACUUCUAAAUUAAUUUUCGUUUAAUUCUAGUACAGCAACACAAAGGCGAAACUUUGUGGAAAAGAUGGAUGAAUCAAUGUUUAGGUAUUUGUGUGAAGAUCCACUGUUAGUGUAUCUGUAGUUAAUACUCUUUAUAAAAAGAACAAGAUGAAAAAACCGUACCUAUGAUGAAACGAUAAAUAAAGAUAACCAAGAAAUUCUCUAAUGUAAAAAUUCAACGUAAUAGUCUAGUUAACAUACGUUCUAUAUUAAAAAGACAUAAUUAAGAAAAAUUACGGAUGGAUUAUUCUGCAUUUUUGCCUAGAAAAAUAUAGAAUGUAUCCACCAACUGAACCAAGAACACGAUUAAAACUUGAGGCCAAAAACCAACGAAAGAUAUCACUUCUUCAAAAGUAAACUUGCCACCGCCUAAAUCAGGAAUUGAUCUUAUAUAGUGAUUUAAAAAAAACGUCAUUAUUGAUAAAAUAAGGUGAUAAAAAUAAAGGAGAAUCAUAUUCUAUUAACUGUAAACUCAUUAUUUUACUACUUGACUGAAAAUACGGAAUUAUUGUCAAAUUGUAUAGAUGAUCACGAAUUACUAGUUGUAAAAAAUAAUUGCUAAUUUCAGUUCAAUUUGGAGGUGCUAGAUAUGUGACAGAAAAUCUCGAUGUGUUAGUUUCAACUAGAUGAAAAAAAAUUCUGAUUUUUGAGCACCUACAUUUUUCAGGAUCCUUCAUGCACCCAUUGUAGAAACAAUAAAUGAAUCGACACCA